CAGGCAACUCUCUCCCUGUCUCUCCACUCCCCGCUGCUUGCAGGGCGUGGUGUUCCCCGCCAUGAGCGCCAUCGUGGUGCGCUGGGUGCCCGUGUCCGAGCGCGCGCGCUUCGUCUCGUUCGCGUUCCAAGGAGCCUCGCUGGGCACCGUGGUGGCGCUGCCGCUGUGCGGCUGGGUGCUGCAGUCGUGGGGCUGGGAGGCCGUGUUCCACGUGUCCGGCGUCCUGUCCCUGGUCUGGACCGCGGCCUGGUGGCUGCUCGUGUUCGACUCGCCCGACCAGCACCCCCGCAUCACCGCCAAGGAGCGCGAGUUCCUCUCCGAGCACCUGGAGCCCGUCAAGGCGGAGCCGCCGCCGGUGCCCUGGCUGGCCGCGCUGCGCUCGCGACAGUUCUGGCUGGGUAACCUGGCCGGCAUCGGCAACGACUGGGGCUUCCACACCUUCUUCAACCUCGGGCCCAAGUACAUGAAGACGGCCCUGGGCUUCGACCUCAAGUCGAGCAGCUGGCUGUCCUCGCUGCCCUUCCUGUCGCAGUACGUGUUCGCCAUGGUGUACGGCUCGCUCGCUGACCUGCUGCUGCAGCGCGGUGUGCGCCUCGUCACAGUCCGGAAGGUCUCCGUCGUGGUUUCGCACCUGCUCCCGGUGGUCGGGCUGCUGGUGCUGGCCUACUCCGGCUGCAACGCCGUCCUCUCCGUCGUGGUGCUCACCCUGUCCGUCACCAUGAUCGGCGCCGUCACGUCCGGCUUCUUCCAGACGCCCAUGGACAUCGCGCCCAACUUCGCCGGUGUCCUGACGGGGGUCAUGAACGGCCUGGGCUCCAUCACCCCCGUGCUCUCCACCCCGCUGGCCGGCGCCGUGCUGCAGAGCUUCCAGGAGGCUCCCCAGGUCGGCUGGCGCUACGUGUUUUGGGUGUCGGCCGCCAUGUACGUGCUGGGCGCCGUCCCCUUCCUGCUGUUCUACCGGGCGCAAGUCGAGCCGUGGAACGACGAGGACAAGACCGGCAAGCGGCCCGCGGACCUCCAGCUCAAGGACCUCAAGGCGCAGGAGGCCUGAGCUCGGCGCACACGCCGCCCACGCUCGUCAGGCUCAACUUAUUUGUAAUCAAGAGAAUGAUGACAUUGUCACAUCCAGAAAUGUUAAAUUGCAUCGUCGUCGAUCCGACGUUGAAUUUGAAAAUUCGUUGCUUGUUAAAAUCUGAUCGAUUAAACCGACGUCGUCGCCGAUUCCCUCUUAUUCGAA